CCCUAUGUCUUCUCUGAACACGCCCCGGAUAUAUGAGCCAGAUAUAUAGAUCAUGCGGGUAGCAAAUGAACUGUGAGAAGGAGAUAAUCACACUACAAUACUUUCUCAUCCUUAGUUUUACCUGUGACACCCUCGCAAUGACCAGCCGGCGCAGCAAAGGGGACACUUAAGGGGAAUUUACGGAAAUCAUUACAGCUAGGAAACUAUAUCAAAUAAUUGAGAGUAACUAUUGGGGAUAUUCGUUGGUAUCGACUUGGAGUAACUUUGGAUACUUGGACAGUGACUAUCGGAGAAUAUCUAUCUAUUCAUCAUUUUCGCUUACACAUUGCAUGAAACUGAGAGUGGAAGCACCAUGAGUCGGAAAACUAGACGCUGGAUUUUUCGGGUUUUGCUUUGCCUUGGGAUUGUCUAUUUGAAAAUCGGUGGUUUUUCAUCCGUGGUCGCGCUAGGUGCGAGUAUAAUCUGUAACAAGAUUCCCGGGUUGGCUCCCCGACAGCGGAUAAUCUGCCAGAGUCGCCCCGAUGCCAUUAUUGUCAUCGGAGAGGGAGCCCAAAUGGGGAUCAACGAGUGUCAGUUUCAAUUCAAAAAUGGGCGCUGGAACUGCUCUGCGCUUGGAGAGAGAACGGUCUUCGGAAAAGAGUUGAAAGUGGGCAGUAAAGAGGCUGCGUUCACCUAUGCCAUCAUUGCGGCCGGAGUUGCCCACGCCAUCACUGCAGCCUGUACGCAGGGAAACCUGAGUGACUGCAGCUGUGAUACGGAGAAGCAGGGUUUCUACAGUAAAGGCCAGGGCUGGAAGUGGGGAGGCUGUUCAGCAGACAUCAGCUACGGCCUGGGCUUCUCGAAGGUGUUCGUUGAUGCCAGGGAGGUCAAACAGAACGCCAGGUCUCUCAUGAACCUGCAUAACAACGAGGUGGGACGCAAGAUCCUGGAGAAGAACAUGCAUCUGGAAUGCAAGUGUCAUGGUGUUUCGGGCUCCUGCACCACUAAAACCUGCUGGACUAAACUUCCCAAGUUCCGCGAGCUCGGCUACAUUCUCAAAGAGAAGUAUGCCCAUGCUGUGCACGUGGAACCGGUCAAAGCCAGCCGCAACAAGCGGCCGAAAUUCCUCAAGAUCAAGAAGCUCUACUCCUACCGGAAACCCAUGGACACAGACCUGGUGUACAUGGAGAAGUCCCCUAAUUACUGCGAAGCGGACCCGAUGACGGGCAGUGUCGGGACGCAGACCGGCAUGUGUAAUAAGACUGUUACGCAGCAGAUCAGCGGCUGUGACCUGAUGUGCUGUGGACGAGGGUACAACACACACCAGUACUCCCGCGUGUGGCAGUGCAACUGCAAGUUCCUGUGGUGCUGCUACGUCAAAUGCAACACCUGCAGCGAGAGGACAGAGGUGUACACCUGCAAAUGACAGUAUUUAUUGGACCGUCGGGUGUGGUGUGUGUGUUGGUGUGUGUGUGUGUGUGUGUGUGUGUGUGUGUGUGUGUGUGUGUGUGUGUG